AUGGCGACGACAGAGGAUAUGGUCGCAGGCGGUGGAUGGAUUUCUGAUGAUUCGAGCUUCUAUGGUGAUGAAAAUGAACAAGAAUACCAGGAGUCACUCAGCAACCAAAACACACCGAAGGCUUUCUGGUCAUCCCACAGUAAGGACUUGAAUGCUAUUGUAUCGCCCGCAAAGCUCCAGGCUCGCAAGGAAGUUGCCUCUGAUGUAGAUGCUACACCGACCAAGAAGGUCAUGCCGCUUACCACCUCGACACGUGCUAACAAACUUCCUGGUUUCUCUGGCCUUGACAGGAAAGCGAUGGAAGAACGACUUUCCAGAUUAGGCAAAGGCAAGCGCAAGCGGGACCCUUCACCAGAACUAAAAUCUCGUCGUGAGCUUUUCAAUCCCAUGGAAGGCCAGCCUUACUCAUGGCAGCUGGGCGAGACCGCAGAGGCUUUCGUCAAACGUGUCCCACCACGCACCAUAUCAGCGUUGGAUUGCGACUGGAUCUGGGCAGCUAAUCCGUAUCCUGACCCGCGUGACAAGUCUGCCGCACCUCGAGUGGCUGCGUUCAAAGACCGUGGUGCAAAGCUACUUGCAGACUCGUUGCAAAAGCGGGACGAGGUUCAAGAGAAGGGGCGUUUCGGUCCAAGGAGCACAGUUACGCGAGCCUGGAACCAGGAAACCAAAGCCUUGCAACAACGCCUGACCAAGGCCGCUGUUGAAACGGGUGUCUUGUCUGGCAAGUGGAUGUUGUUCCCUAAAGUUGAAGAAGUCACUUGGACGUGGAGGACCGUCGUCGAAGCUGUCAUUGCCGACCGUCUCGGACCAACGGCCAAGGUGGCUCCUGACGAUGGCAAGGAUGAGCGAUUGAUCUGUGUCUACACCAAGGACUUCAGAGACGAGGAUGAUGUGCUUCGCGUGCUCCAGGAACUUGAAGACUUAGAUCUCAUCCGCCACGGUCGAAGCAUUUACUACAAGUCUGAUGCUUUCACGUAUUUGGAUUUGUAUUCGGCGACCGCUAACAAGUACGGCUUGCAAGCGAGUCUCUAUACCAGUACCAAGAUGUUGGCUGCCGCUCGAGCAGCUGAGCUGUCUGCGUCGCAAAACACGUGCUCGCAACAGGAGCGGAAGAUUCUCAAGAGCUUUUACUAG